ACACAACUAAAUUUAAACAACUCACAAUAAGUAUUGUUGACAGAAACAAUAAAUUAAAUUGCAUCAAAAAGUAUCGCAACCAGCAAUCAAUUGACUCAACCAAAUUUUUGGCAAACUCCAAAGUUCAAACGAGGAUGAUUGAAUUUCCGGGUGAAUUAGUAACAACAUUUCACAUAUAUAACGUAUUUAUACGGUUAGAAUAAAUAGUGAGAGCAACGAACGGACAAACUAAAUAAGUUACAUUGAGGUGAUAACAAUUUUGCUAACUGAGUACCGAAUACCUGAAAAUUAUUCAAUAUAUCUGAAGGAAACACAUGCGCACAGGUAUAUAUGACCAAACGAGGAAAUAUACUUCCUCAUAUGCAUGUUUUUUGGACAAGUAUAUGUUCCUGAAUACCAAGAGCAUAAUUUAAUUGCGUAUACUCAUAUAGAAUACAGCUCUUCAUUAUUGAAAAUUUUAAUUUUGCAAUGAAAAUCACUAACGUGUCAAAACAUAUCGGAUUUAAAUGUAUUUUUUUGUUAUUGGUUAUAUGUACUUGUGAAACAGACUCAGAUGACAAAAAUAUAAACAAACUUCUUAAUAAUCAAGUUAUUGUUAGCAGACAAAUCAUGUGUGUUUUGGAAAAAAGCCCUUGUGAUCAACUCGGUAGGCAGUUGAAAGCUGCUCUUCCGGAAGUUAUUUUGCGAAACUGUCGUAAUUGCUCGCCACAACAAGCUCAAAAUGCUCAAAAAUUAACAAAUUUUUUACAAGCUAGAUAUCCAGAUGUUUGGGCAAUGCUUCUAAAGAAAUAUCAAAAUAUAUAAAGCAUAAUUCUUGUAAUUAAAUAUUACAUUUAUGGUAUAACAAAAUCUUUUUUGAUGUUUUUGCUGCUGUAUUUUUGCCGUUAUAGCUAUUCAAAAGCCGUACAAAAUAAAUGAUCUUGCUAAAUAAGAACGAA